UCUGCCAUUAAUAAAAUAAAAACUUACCAAUAACAAUUAUUUUAUAAAAUUAGCCAUGUGUGCAGGAAUCCAGGCAAGAAUUAAUCAAUUUUCUUUCGAAAUAAAUAAAACUUUCCUUUUGCAUUAACUUUCUCAUUUAAUGUCUUCACCUACACCCUGCCCGUUUUGAGAAGCUGCAUUGCUAUCUCAUUUAAUGCUCUUUCUCUCUCCUCUUUUUCUCUCUCACUUCAUCUGUGGCAGCAAAUUCAUUCCUGUCUUGCAUUUACAGUGCUCAUCAUCAUCAUCAUCAACCCACCUUUCAUUCUUGUGAAUUUUUCUCUUUCUUUUUCUCUAUCUGUACUAUCUAAGUAAUGGGUGUAUUAAUCAUGAACCAGAACUUAUGACUCCAUUAAAGCUUUAGUUUUAAUCUUGUCAGUCUUUUAUUUUGUUCACACUUUUGAUAAAAAAAAGGUGAAAUUUUUCAUACAACCCACUUUGCAAAAUUCUUUCUUUUGCAGUUUUGCAGACUUGCACUAUCAAUUUUUAGCCAUUAGAACUUAGAAGGGAAAAAAGUGUGAUAGAAGAACCUUUUUUUCCCCUCGCUUUCCUGUUUUUUGUCCUGUUUUUGGGGAUGAAGAGAAGAAUGCAGAUGGAUGUUUUUGCGUAAUAAGUUGAUUUCUGGAAUGGAAGUCUUUGGAAGCAGAAAAGGGUAAAUUUUGAAUCUGGGUUUUCAACAAUGGGCAAGAAAGGAAGCAUUUUUACUGAGUUUGCCAUUUGAAGUGAUUAAGCUGCUCUAUCUCUCUUCUUUUUUAGAGGUAAAAUGAUGACAUCAAUUUUGGAGUUUUGGUUAGUUUUUGAUACACCAGCUUGUUGUAACUGAGUUUCUUUUUCCCUUUCAAUGCCCACUUUUGUGAGUUAGUUUGUAUGAUGGGACCCACCAAUUUGUUUACAUGGGUUUUCAAGAUUUAUGCUUGGGAAGCUAAAUUAUUUGUAGCAAAAUUUUUGAUAUUUGCAGUAGUUUCAGAUUUCUGGUGGUUGGUUUCUGGUAUUGGUUCUAUGUCUUCUAUAGCUGUUUCAUAUGGUGAAAGUGGUCCUGUUUUUUGUGGCUUAAAAUCAGAUGGGUCUCAUCUUGCAGCCUGUUAUGGUGCAAAUGCAGCAAUCAUUUAUGGAACUCCAACACAUCUCAGUUUUCUGGGUUUAGCUGGGGGAGAUGGGUUUAUUUGUGGGCUUUUAAUGAACUCAUUUCAACCUUAUUGUUGGGGAAGUAGUGGUUUUAUUCAAAUGGGUGUUCCUCAACCCAUGAACCAGGGCACUCAAUAUGUUGAUAUUAGUGCUGGUGACAAUCAUUUGUGUGGUUUAAGAAAACCCUUAACAGGAAAGCUUAGGAACACUUCUUUGGUUGAUUGUUGGGGUUAUAAUAUGACUUCAAAUUAUGUUUUCGAUGGGCAAAUCAAGUCCAUUUCUUCUGGUGCUGAAUUCAACUGUGGGUUAUUCGCCGAAAAUCGAACUGCGUUUUGCUGGGGUGACGAAACUAGCAGCCGGGUAAUUAGCCUGAUUCCCAAGAAUUUGAGGUUUCAAAUGAUUGCAGCUGGUGGAUAUCAUGUAUGUGGGAUUGUGGAAGGGGUUGAUUCUACGCCUUACUGUUGGGGGCAAAGCCUGAACAUUAAUGAAGAGAUCUCAGCUGGUUAUUCAGGGAACGCCAAUGUUGAUAAACCCCCUAAAGAUUCAAUGCUGUCUGUUGUUGGGGGACGGUUCCAUGCUUGUGGAAUUAGGGGUUCUGAUCAUGGGGUGGUUUGUUGGGGUUUUAUCAUGGAGAAAAGUACUCUACCUCCAGGAGAUGGCAGAGUUUACACCAUUGCUGCAGGAGACUAUUUCACUUGUGGAAUACUCAUUGAAAAAUCUCUUUCACCAAUGUGUUGGGGAUACGGGUUUCCUACCUCUCUUCCAGUUGCGGUCUCUCCUGGACUAUGCAAGACAGCACCGUGCACUCCUGGUUAUUAUGAAUUCAAGCAAGGCCAAGCAACCUGCAAAACCCCAAAUUCUCAUAUAUGCUUGCCUUGUUUGAAUCCUUGCGCCAAGGAUAUGUAUCUCAAAGGCGGAUGCACUCAGCAAUCUGACAUACAGUGUGCAUAUAACUGUUCAAGUUGCGUGUCAUCUGAAUGUUUCUCAUUUUGUUCCUCCAAUGCUAGUUUAAGUGAUGGUGGAAAGAAGUUUGUAAAGUUUUGGGCAAUUCAGCUUCCAAUCAUUGUGGCAGAGGUUGUUUUUGCUGUUUUCUUGGUGAUAGUAGUGUUUUUAUUUGCAUUUUUAUAUAUCCGAUACAAGCUGCGAAACUGUCAAUGCUCAGCAAGCAGGAUCUGGAAAACAAAGAAAAAUCGAGGGAACAACGGGUCUUCAAGAGAUAACACAAAGGUAAGGCCUGACUUGGAGGAGCUGAAGAUUAGAAAAGCUAAACUUUUCACCUAUGAAGAGCUUGAAAGAGCCACCAAUGGUUUUAAAGAGGAAACCAUAGUGGGCAGGGGAAGUUUUUCAUGUGUGUUCAAAGGAGUCUUGAAGGAUGGAACCAUAGUAGCAGUUAAAAGGGCUAUAAUGACUUCUGAUCAGAAGAAGAACUCAAAAGAGUUCCAUACAGAACUUGAUUUGCUUUCAAGAUUGAACCAUGCACAUCUCCUCAAUCUGCUUGGGUACUGCGAAGAAGGGGAAGAAAGAUUGUUGGUUUAUGAGUUCAUGGCUCAUGGCUCAUUACACCAGCAUCUCCAUGGGAAAGACAAGUCACUAAAAGAGCAACUAGAUUGGGUUCGGAGGGUCACCAUUGCUGUACAAGCAUCACGAGGGAUCGAGUACUUGCAUGGUUAUGCUUGUCCUCCUGUGAUACAUCGAGAUAUAAAAUCAUCAAACAUUCUCAUCGAUGAAGAGCACAAUGCGCGAGUGGCUGAUUUUGGACUUUCUCUCCUCGGCCCUGCAGACAGUAGUUCCCCAUUAGCUGAGCUCCCAGCCGGAACUCUUGGGUACCUUGACCCUGAAUACUACAGACUUCACUACCUAACAACUAAAUCUGAUGUGUAUAGCUUUGGUGUUUUGCUCUUGGAAAUACUUACUGGUAGAAAGGCCAUAGAUAUGCAGUUUGAAGAAGGGAAUAUAGUUGAAUGGGCAGUUCCUCUUCUUAAAACAGGAGAUAUAACAACUGUUUUGGAUCCUCUUCUGAAACCACCUCCAGAAAUUGAAGCUCUCAGAAGAAUCGCGAAUGUGGCCUGUAAAUGUGUGAGAAUGAGAGGCAAAGAUAGACCGUCAAUGGACAAAGUAACGACAGCUUUGGAACGCGCUCUUGCUCUUCUAAUGGGUACCCCAUGUAGCGAGCAGCCUAUUCUACCAACAGAGGUAGUUUUAGGAAGCAGCAGAAUGCACAAGAAAUCGUCCCAAAGAUCUUCAAACCCUUCAGAAACUGAUAUAGGAUCAGCUGAGGAUCAAAGGAUCGAGUUUAGAGCACCGUCAUGGAUUACAUUUCCCAGUGUUACUUCCUCUCAGAGAAGAAAAUCAUCUGUUUCUGAAGCUGAUGUUGAAAAUGCAAAGACUCCUGAGAGUAAAAAUUUAGGCAGUGGAAGAAAUGGUGUUGAGGGUUUGAAUAGUUUGGAAGAAGAGAUUGGGCCUGCUUCUCCACAAGAAAGUUUGUUCUUAAAGCAUAAUUUCUAGCA